AUGAAGCAGAAGAAGCCCACUCGGAAACUUAUACUCCAAUCUUCCAGUGAUUCACACUCAGAGUAUGUUCCUCCCAAACAUAAAUUUGCUCCUCCUUCAGACUUUGAAAGUGAAAGCUCUGAAGAUGAGGCUUCGGGUCGUGGUGAUACCCUGCCUCGCUCCCCUACCCCAGAAAUUCCGGUUCGCUCUCACCCUCCAUCUCCUCGACCUGUUACCAUCCCGGUAUCCAUCCCUCCAAUAUUACCUUUCCCCACCACUCAACCAUCCACCAUUAUUCCCAUCCCUACUCCUAUAUUCACAGACACUACCACCACUACCACUACCACAGGAGCUCAUUCUACAGCUCCCACUCCACCCGUUACAACCGAACCACCAAUUACAACCGAACCUCCUACCACUACCAAACCGUUAUCUCCUACUCCCUCUACUGACACCACCCCAGUUCUAGGCAGUGAGGACUUGGAAUUUGAUUCCACUUAUUUUAGUCCUUAUCGUGUACAGAGUGAUGAAGAUGAUGAUGAGCGUGUUACCAAGCGUCAUCUCAAAGCAUUUAACGACAAACUCGAUCAGCUGCUUUCCUCCUCUUCCUAUGGGGCUUAUUCUGAAGCUGCUUUAAAGGCUUUGUUCUCCUCUGUCGUUCAAGAACACAACGCCUCACUUUCUGAUGCAGCUAAGGCUAUUGACGCCUCCACUUCCCAAUGUCACAAAGCCUACCUUGCUGUUGAGGCUUCCACCAAGGAGUGCAAGGAAGCGACCGCAGAAUUCGAUAAACUAGUUUCUGAGGCUCACUUAUUUUUAGACUCUUUGUAG